UUGAUUACAUUCUCUCUCUCUCUCUCUCUCUCUGUCUCUGUCUGUCUGUCUGUCUCUCUCUCUCUCUCUCUCACACACACACACACACAUUUCCCAGAACCCCUCAACAAAACAUGCCCUCCGAAGACAGCCUUUUGCUUCUAACAUUUACUACCCAUUACCUCUGCCUGCAUCUCGUCAUUACUGGACAGCUAUGCCAGGGUCCGCAUUGCCUGUGAACUUCCAAAGCAACAACAAUCUCUUUGGCAACAUGCUGGCUAGUCCUACCAUGACUCCAGCCUUUAAAUUCCAGUUGCGGCGAGAUAUGAUCGAUUGGAGACGGUUCAGUGCCAUUGAUGUGGAUCGGGUGGCUCGUGAGCUGGAUCUUGCCACUCUACAGGAAAACAUUAAUAGCAUCACUUUUUGCAAUCUUGAUGCAGAAAAGUGCCCUUACUGUCAGCAGCCGGUAGACCCUGUUCUCUUAAAGGUCUUUAAGAUGUCCCAACUGAUCACUGAGUACCUGCUGCACUCCCAGGAGUACUUGAGCAUGAGCCUGGCACUUCAGGAAGAGCAACACCAGGCUAACCUAGAAGACCUCAAGCGCAUCAAGCAUGACUUGGAGAAGCAAGCAGAAGAGCUGAAGAGUGUUAAGGAAGAGAGCAGGAGGCGGAAAAAGAUGAUUGCCACCCAACAGUUGCUCUUGCAAGCUGGGGCCAAUAAUUACCACAAGUGCCAACUCUGUGACAAGACCUUCAUGAACUACUCCUUUCUUCAAGCCCACACGCAGCGCAGGCACCUGGAGGCUACUGCAGCUGAGAAAGAGAAGAAGAAACAGGUGGAACAAAUGGAAAGUGAGAUUGAAGGACUGAAGGUCAAGCUGAGGGAGACCCAUGCCCAGCUGGAGGCUGAGAGCCAAUGUAGGGCUCAGGAAGCAGAGCACGUGCGGCAAAGAGAAGAGGAGGGGAGGAAAAAAUUUGAGAGAUGGAAGGAGGAGGAGAGGAUAAAGUUUCAAAAGGAAAUGGAAGAACUCAGGCACUUGUUCCUCACUGAAUUCAAAGACAUUGCCAGCAAGAAUUCUGCCUUGGAGGGGAAACUUCAGGAACUACAAGUCAAGAAUUCAAUGGUCUCUAAUCUGGGGACAUUGCAGGAUGAUGAUUCAACUGACAAGCGGCAAUGGAAGAAGACUCAGAAGGAACUACAGGGAAUGAAGGCGAAGGUCGAACAACAGAAAACAGAGUGGAAGUGGAAACUGAGGGAACUUCAGAAGGAGCAUCAGAUAGAGAAGGAAGAGUUGAAGGGUGAGAACGAGAGACUACGGGCCUCCUUGUCUUCUGACCAAUGGAAAAUGGCUGAGCACAGCAAGCAACAAAUGGUAUCACUCACUGCACAACUCAGGGAACAGGCCAAGAUCAUCCAAUCACAGGAAAAAACUAUUAAGUUCCUGUCUUCUAGCAAAGCCAAAGAAAUUCACGAGGUGCCUAAGGGUGAAAAGCCAGAAGAAUCUACUGAAGAAGAACUAGAAGAUACUCUGGACAGGAAGAGGAGGGUUCUAGAGGCACUAAGGAGGGAUCCAAACUUGCUGAAACAAUUCCGUCCAAUCCUGGAAGAGACCCUUGAAGAGAAACUGGAGAGCAUGGGAGUGAAGCGGGGCACAAAAGGUAUCCCGGCUCAAACCUAUAAACGUUUGAGAGAUGUGAUAAAAAUCCAGCAAAAGCAGAAGGUCAAAAAAUUUCCACAUUUUCUUGCCUUAAGAGACAAACUUGAGCAAGAAGUGCAAAAGAAAGUCAGAGGGGUUCGAAAGGAUGAAAGUGAUGCAUCUCUGCCACUCUCUGUAGUCUCAGGCAAAAACCAAAGGAGCCCACAUUCUCCAAUUCAGGUUAUGUCUUCUAAGCCUAGAAUGCAACAAGUUGAAUUGCAGCCUUAUGCCCCAGAGAUUCCUAGACCAGCUCCUCGGAGCAAAGUUAGCUCCAUGGCCAGUUCAGUGGAGACUCCCAGGAUGCCUUUUCCAAAGCAAGCUAGGAACAGCCCACCCUCUCAAUACUCUGCUGUCCAUCACCCCAGCACUUCACCUUUCAGCUCUGAAGAAGAGUCUGAGGACCAAUCAAGCUUUGCCUCUCCAAAGCUCACACCCCGCAAGACAAAACCAGACCCUCUCAGAGCAGCACAAAAUGAAGAGAGUGAUUGGGAUUCAUCUGAUGUAGAUGAGCCUGAGGGAAAAAGCAGCAAGAGAAGAGUUCUUUCAAUGGCAGCAGAUACUCAUUCAGAAACACUGGUGCAGUCAAUGGCUAAAAAUCUGGAGAGGACACUGAGUGCAUCUGGAAAAAAGCCUGCUGGUGGAGUGAAGCUCUUUCCCAUCCAAACCAAAGAAGCUCCUAAACCCAGCCAUACUACUAAAAAACUUCAGUUUGUUGAUGAGGAGGACAGUGACUUGGAUAUUUCUUCCUUUGAGGAAGUCACCCAGCACUUGGAGACCAACAGUAAGCUGAAAAACCCACAAGCCACAAAAGGUAGUGGGGACUCAUCUGGGUUUCGGGGCACCAGCCUCUGGAGUUCCAGCAGCACAAGGGCUGGUGCCUGGUGAUUCUUGCAUUUAGUUGAGCUGUAUCAGACAACAGGAUCCAUUUGAGAUGGAACAGCACCCCAUGGCAAGUGAAAGGAAUGAAAAUCUGAAGUUCACAAACCAAUGAAAGGAAUGCAAAAUGUUCAGAAAGAUAAUGUGAACAAGAUGUUCAGUAUCAUAUCUUUUGACUUAAACAUUAAGUUGUUUUGCUCCUUAGUAAAAAUAAGAUGAAAGAGUGUUUUGCUAGCAGUCUUGGAUAAGCUCCCAACUUUCCAAAAGUGAACAGCAGAAAGCUUUGAAACAAGACUUGUAGGGCUGAGGCAAAACACCAGCCCUAGCUUUGUAGCCCCUGCCUUUCAUUGAUGCUUCCAAGGGAGGGCUUUGAAAAGAGUGAAGUUCACCUCUUCAUCAGCAGGAAGGAAGCAUUUAACCUUGGUGUUGACCUAACAAGAGGAUGGUCUCUGCUCUUCUGUGCUAGGAGUUGUAGCAUAGCAUGGAAUUACCUGUGCCAGGAGUGAGAAACCUGUGUGGCCUUCCAUAUAUCAUUGGACUCCAACUCCAUCAGCAUAGCCAGGAAAGGUCAGGAAUGAUGGGAGCUGUAAUCUAGUAAUACCUGGAGGAUAAGAGACUCUCGGCUCCUAGCAUACAAUGCAGUCAGAUGAUUCUCCCUCUAUUUAGUGUUGUGCUGAAUGUGACUCGCUUCUGUGUCUGCAAAGAUUGCACAUGGCCACAGAAGUAGUAAAUAGAAAGCACAGCAGCUGAGCCAGGGCUUUUUGUUCCCCUCAUGCAUCCCCCAUUUCACUCCAAAGCAUAGGCUUGACUGUACUUCUGCUCAUCACUACUUGUGCCCCAGUGGUUAUUGGUGGAGCCAUGCUGUCCCUGCCAUUUGGGCCAACAUUUUUCAUUUUUCAAGACUACCAACUAUUCUUAUUCUUAUUAUUCUUAUUAUUCUUAUUAUUCUUAUUCUUAUUAUUAUUAUUAUUAUUAUUAAUAAUAAUAAUAAUAAUAAUAAUAAUAAUAAUAAUAAUAAUAAUAAUAAUAAUAAUAAUAAUAAUGAUAGUAAUGAUAUCCUAUAAGGAUGAUUAAGAGUCAUCAUUUCCCUCACGAAUCCCACAAAGUUUCUUUGAAAGGAUAAUUCAGCUUCAGCAUUAUUAUUUUGCUUUUUUCCCCAAGGGACAGCUAGAGAUUUGUUUCCAAAUCUACUCUUUGGUGGUAAGAGAUGGUCCAAGCUGCCAUGCUGGCUGGGGCUGAUGGAAUUUGGAGUCCAAAAAUCUGGAGGGCAUCUCGUUUGGGAAGGUUCCUGUAGAGGGGAAACUGCCACUGAGGAGAUUCCCUAGUGUAGAAUUCAUAAUUAAAAGUCCUUCUACAGCCCAGUACAGUUGUACUGAAUGUACAGGGGAAGAUAAGUAGCAAGUAGGCAUUGUUAGGUUUACACAUGCUUGGUAUCACUGAGGCCUAGUUCUCUCAGUGAGGCUUAGUGUCUGGGCUGAUCUGCUUCAAACUGCAGGGCAGCUUACAGGACUGAAUGUUGUUCCUUGUCCCUAAUUUCUAUCUACACAGAAAACUAAGUGUUAGGAAGGUGUAUAGGCUAGAAUCCUUUUUCCUAACAUGUAGUCUUUUAUAUUCAGGCAUUUUUAUUUAUUUGUUAUAGAGGAGGAGCAUUCAAUCAUAUGAAUCCUUGGCUGCAGUCUCCGAAGUGCUAUAGCCCAAAUACAGGAUUAUCACUUCAGUGAAAGCCAGGCCCAAUAUAUUCAGUGCUACACAUUUACUGACUACUGACUACGUAGCAACAGUUCUCCUUUCACUUUACCCCUUGUAGUUUUGUACAAUGUAUAGGAGUAUAAAUGAGUUUUUAAAUCUACAUUUAUUGCUUUUUAUUUUGAAAACAUUUUCACAAUUUUAAGAGUAUUUUUCUAAUAUUUUUAGGGCACUAACGGUCCAUAGGAUCAUUGACACUGGGCCAAAUUAGACUAGGAGAUACACAGUCUGAUGGAAAUUCCACAUUUUUCCCAUACUGGCAAAUAGCACUUGUGGGUGGCAAUUUAGACUGGAAAAUUGGUGCAGGAGAAAGGGUGAAGCUACCUCCCACUUCAUUUGCUGUCCUUGUUUUUAAACUAAAAAGAGAUGAGAGAUCCAGUCACACAUCUUUAAUAUCUCAUUUGGUGUGGUUCAUAGUUAUAAAAUAUUUGAAUUCUAGAAACACAGUUAAAUUAGAAGUUGCUGAAAAGACCUGACCACUUGAUGGCACCACAACUCAAGAAACAUGCAUUUUUAAAAUUAUUAUUAUUAUUAUUAUUAUUGAGAUGCUACAAACGGCACUUGGAGAGUGGAUUUUUUUUAUUUUAAAAAAGUAGUAUUCUGAAGAGCAAGUGCAAUAGGACUAAAUGAAGCACCCUAUACACCUGAUUAAAAGAUUUGCACAACAACAAACCUGGCAGUGAUCAUAAGGUAUCCCUCCUCCCUUCCUCCCAUGUAUUCAUUCCUUUCAUUUUGAAAAAAAUCACUUUAGAACAUUUAUUUUAUAGAAGUCCCAUUUGCUCAGUCACAAAUUUCUCAGGAUUAUUAUGUCCAUAUGCGCUCUUUUCAGUUGGUCUCACUGCAUGUAUCUCAAGAAGGCCAUAAACAUAAAAUACUUGGCAAGUUUUAGAAAUCUUUAUUGAGACCUUCCUUUUUCCAGCAAAACAGUGUAACUGUACAUGAGCCAUUGGGAUCAAAAAUUUCCCACAAUGUAAAGUACAAAAACUUACACAAAUGGUUAAUGGGAUCUAACUGACCCCACAGUUUUUUAAACAUGAAAAACUAAUAGUAUGCUGUUAAUAUGUAUAACAUAAUCAUUGCACAAGCAUAACAGCACAGUUAUCAUGAGUUGUGAGUGACUUAAUGAAUCUCACAUACUGCACUAGAAUGUUUAGCGCUGAAGCCUUCAUUCUAUACUGUACAGAAGUGAAUAUUUAUAAAUUUGGACAUUAUUGGGGGAAUUUUCUAAGUUUAGAAAAGGGAAGGUCAACUGCAAAAAUAAAAAGUUUGUAAAAAAAAAUAGAAAACAGCAAAGUAAAAUGAGGUAUGGUCUCAGCAAUUUUCAUGGUGAAAUAGUAUUUAGAUGCAUAUCUUCCUUUUAUUUUGUUAAUACAAAAUGUGUGUACAAGGCUGUUUAAAAACAUUCUAAAUUAUCUUUGUAAAUCCAUGCAGAUGUACAGAAUUUAUACUAGUGUGAAAGAUUAAAGACACAAUAUUUAUAUAAAGUAACAAUAGUCCCAAUCUUGUAAAUACCUGUUCAAAUAUUUUGAACUCAAAUUCUCUUACUGUCUGUAAUCUAAGAGCUGCCUUAGACUGUCAUCCUUAUGGCAAGAUUCCCAUGUCCCAGCUGAACGUGAAGCCGAUCUGAUCUCACCAUGAGUCCCUUGAUUCAGCCAGUAGCUACCAUUACCAUGGACUUGGAACAGAGAAUUGAAUACUAUGAACAGAAAAGAUGAGAAAGUGAAUGAAAGAAGACCUUCCAACUGUUCUAAUGAUGACAGUGUCUAGAAGUCCUGUGGCCCUCCAGAUGCUGCUGGUCAUCAUUCCUGAUGGCCUCAGGAUGGCCUUCCAUUCCUUGAAAGUCUCAGGUUCCCUAGCCUAGAGGAUUGACAUAUUCUUUCUGCUGUUUAAAAGUUUUAAAAUAGGAUUUUCUAAACAAAGAAAGAGUCAGACGUUUUUUAUAAAAAACACCUGUGAUUCAUCAGCCUUUUGUCAAAUGUUGGACUCGAUGGCUUUAUAGGCCCCUUCCAACUCUACUCUUUUAUGA